AUGCCCGCCUGCGCAAUGCUGUAUGGAAGGCUGCAGAGUGCUUCCUCUGCAUUUUCCACCGCCUCUGAUUGGCGAGAGAGCGGAAGACGUGCAGAUGCACUGCAGAUGGCCGUUGGUCCUUGGCUGCUUUUUCCCUCAAAGGCGUUUGGCUGCCAGGGGAUUAUUGAGCCUAACCCCAUCCUCGCUAGCCUUGGACGACCAGACCAGGCCAGCGUUGGCCGUGGGCGAAUCAGCUCGCGUAUCCAGGCUUCUGCUGCCCUCGGCUCGGCCCCUGUCCUUCUCUUCAUGAUCUCCAACAACCAUGUCGAUGAGUCUCUCCGUACCCCUUCCGCUUCCUCUCUGCCAUUUGCAUUUGCUUGUCUAUCUGCUCCGCAGCCUGCUCCGCAGCCUGCUGGUCCCUCUCUCAAUGAUGCCUGCAGCCUGUCCUGA